AUGGAUUUUGGAGAUAAAAGUUGGAUGAAUCUCCGAAGAUCCACCAAUGAAUAUAUUGAUGGAGUUAAUGAUUUUCUUGAUAAAGCAUUUGAACGAGCUUCCCAAGGAAAUGAAAUAUUGUGUCCUUGUAAGAAGUGCUUUAAUCGUAAUUGCCAUUGCCGAAAUAUGGUAGAGGAUCAUUUGAUUUGCCAUGGAUUUGUUCAUGGAUACACCAAAUGGGUUUUUCAUGGUGAAGGAUUUUCCUCAAGAAAUACGCCACAUCCAACCGAUGAAGAAGAAACUUCUAACAUGUAUGACGACAUUGAUAUAUUACUUCAUGAUACUUUCAGAAAUAUAGUAGAUGAUCAGAGACAUGAAGGAGUGAGGGAGGGGCCACAUGAAGAUGCAAAGAGAUUUUUUAAAUUAGUAGAGGAAGGGAAAGAAGAGUUGUAUCCAGGGUGUAAGAAUUUUUCUAAGUUGAGUUUUACCAUCCAGGUACCCGACUCGUUUUACAAGGCAAAAAAGGUCAUAAAAGAUUUGGGUCUUCAUUAUGAGAAAAUACAUGCUUGCCCUAAUGAUUGCAUAUUAUUUUGGAAUGACAAUGCAAAGCUUCCGAGGAUAUUCAUGUGUUCUGAAACAUCUGUAGCUAUGAGAUGGCAUGAUACUAAACGAGUUAAAGAUGGAAAUUUAAGACAUCCUGCAAAUGGUGAAGCUUGGAAGGAUUUUGAUUCAUUGCAUCCUGACUUUUCUAAUGAUGCUCGUAAUGUUAGAUUGGUUCUUUCAAGUGAUGGUCCAUUGUCUCCCAGAAAUGAUAUGGAUGUAUACUUGCAACCACUAAUUGCGGAGUUGAAGGAACUAUGGGAAGUGGAAGUUGAAACAUAUGAUGUUGUAACUAAUCAAACAUUUCUAAUGCAUGCAGCUUUAUUGUGGACAAUUAGUGAUUUUCCAGCUCUAGCAAUGCUUUCUGGAUGGAGCACCAAGGGGAGAUGGGCAUGCCCCACUUGUAACCAUAAUACUUGUUCCCAAUAUCUCAAACAUAGUCGCAAGAUGUGUUACUCGGGUCAUCGGACGUUUUUACCUCCUGAUCAUCCAUUCAGAAGAGAUAAAAGAUCAUUUAACGGUAAAGAGGAGCAUAAAGUUGCACCUACUCCAUUAUCAGGUGCACAAAUUCUUGAAGAGCUUCGUGAAUUCAAUAAUGUAUUUGGAAAAAACAAAAAGAAAAGAAAACGAAAGAAUGAUGGUCCAUGGAAAAAAAUCCAUAUUUUUUGA